UAUCUCUUUAUACAUUCAUUGUUGUUUUGUUUUGUUUUGUUUCUCUCUUCAGUCGUCUUGAUUGCUUCUACCAUUGUUGCUUUCUAUUGGGUCAUGAAUUUGGGUACUUGAAUUGGGCAAUGGAUGGAUGUGAAUGAAUACUGUGAGAUUUCUGUUAUUACUUUUCUGCUUGGUAUGGAUUUGAGUUAGAUUGUGCUUCUGUGACGUUGUAUUGGAUAAGUCAGGCAUGAUUAGCGUAUUUCUGAGAUUUUAAUUAUGUUUGAUGCUUGUGCUAGGGCACUAAACAAGACCAAAUCGACAUAUGAAUUUGAAUUGUGUUUUUCUUUAAUUUCCUAUUGUUGGGUAGCUUCAGGUGUUAGCAUUGUGAGAGGAAACCAACAAGAUUUGCUCUUAAGGAAAUUUAUGAACCAUCAACUAAGAUAAAAAUAUUUACUUUCGUCUAGUAAUCAGCCUUUAUCAAUUACGGAAAAUUUAUUUAAUUUCUUAUCUGUCUAAUAAUCAGCCUGUUUAAAUUGAUGGCUUGGUAUGUUACCAUGUUUGCAUUUUAUGAUACUUUAGAAAAGAUGCUUCCAAAUCAUGCUGCAAAAGUUAUCCGUGGUCACUGCUAGUGCUAGGGCAUACUGAUGAGUCCUAUACUUAAUAUAUCUUCUUUUAAAUUCUCCCGCACACUCUAACCAUCCACAUAAACACCCCCAAUCAACUGCCCUGCCUCCAAAUCUGUGAAAAAUAUGCACUGAGAAGCCACCUGCAUUUGCUAGAGUUGCUGGUGGUUCUAGCUCUUCUUUCAUUUGCUGGGGAUACUUCUCCAAGGCUUUUGAAAUGCUCGUAGAUUGUGAUCCUCUUGCCUUCAUAUUUUUCCAUUUGGUGUUGCAAACCAUUAUUGCAGACUGUCUCAUUAUCGACUGCUACUCUGAUCUUUUAAGGGGCAAGAAUGACUACGCAUAGUAUGUUGGAUAUUGCUUUAAAUGAUAUACUUCGGGUGGUCACACCAUUACAAGAAGAUUGGAAUAUACGAUUUGCAAUUAUUAACGACAUAAGAAGCAUUGUUGAAUCUGUGGAAAGCUUGAGAGGAGCAACUGUUGAGCCAUUUGGGUCAUUUGUAUCUAAUCUCUUCACCCGAUGGGGUGACUUGGAUAUUUCAAUUGAGCUAUCAAAUGGUUUGCAUAUUUCAUCUGCUGGGAAAAAACAAAAACAAACUUUAUUGGGGGAAGUUUUAAAAGCUUUGAGAAUGAAAGGUGGAGGGAGCAACUUGCAGUUCAUCCCCAAUGCACGAGUUCCCAUUUUAAAAUUUAAAAGCAACCGUCAGGGUGUAUCUUGUGAUAUUUCAAUUAAUAACCUGCCAGGCCAAAUGAAAUCCAAGAUUUUGCUUUGGAUGAACAAGAUAGAUGGCCGCUUUCAUGAUAUGGUUUUACUGGUCAAGGAAUGGGCCAAAGCACACAAAAUCAAUAACUCUAAAGCUGGAAGUUUCAACUCCUAUUCCCUAAGUUUACUUGUCAUAUUUCAUUUUCAGACAUGUGUUCCUGCAAUCUUACCACCACUCAAAUAUAUAUACCCUCGCAACAUGGUUGAUGAUCUUAAAGGGGUUAGAGCUGAUGCUGAGAAUCGUAUCACAGAAACAUGUAAUGCUAGUAUAAACCAGCACAUAUCAAACAAGGGAAGGUCAAUUAAUAAAAAGUCCGUGCGUGAUCUUUUUGUUGAAUUCUUAGGAAAGUAUGCUCAGAUGGAUUCAUGGGCGUCAAAUUUGGGAAUUUGCCCGUACACUGGACAAUGGGAGCAGAUAGAGAACAACACAAUUUGGUUACCCAAGACUUACUCUAUAUUUGUUGAGGAUCCCUUUGAGCAGCCGCAAAAUACUGCAAGAUCUGUCAGUGCAGGACAACUGAAGAAGAUAAGCGAGGCCUUUUCAAAAUCAUACUCCUUUCUUUCCUCGAACAAUCAUAAUCUAAAUUCACUUUUGACCAUGUUAGCACCACCACAUGUAGUAAAAUCUAUCACAGGUAUUCAAAAUUACAACGGAAGUUACUUUCACCCAACUCAGCCAAAAGUACAGAGAGUAAUGCGCCCUCCACCGCAGUUACAACGUCAUUUUCAAUAUGCCAGUCCAGGAACAAGCUCCAACAGUUCAGCUUCAAAUGGACAUAUGCAGAUGCCUAGAGGAACAAACUUUAGCAUUCCAUCUUCAAAUGGACAUAUGCAGAUGCCUAGAGGAACAAACUUUAGCAUUCCAUCUUCAAAUGGGUAUAUUCAAAUGCCUAGAGGAACAAGCUUCAACAUCCCAUCUUCUUAUGGGCAUAUGCAAAUGCCUAGAGUAACAAGCUUCAAUAUUCCACCUUCAAAUGGGCAUAUACAGAUGCCUAGAGGAACAAGUAUCAGCAGUUCAUCUUCAAAUGGGCAUAUACAGAACCCUAGAGAAAUUAAGAAGCCUAGAGAAACCAACUUCAACAAUGCAUCUUCAAAUGGGCAUGUACCGGUGAAUAAAGGCCAGCAGAUGUGGAGGCCAAAGAGUUAAAGAGGAUCUUUAUAUAUCAUUCAGAAGUUCAGCUUUGAACAGGUUUUGACUAUUGUCUCGGUGUACUUGUUAAUACAAGUGUUUGGAAGAAUAGGGUUACGGUGUUUUUGCGCCCAUGGGCAUCAAAAUUAAACGUGUAGAUAUUACAUGAAGUUUUGGUGGGCAUCAUAUUGACAUUUAUACACCUCUUAUGUACUUGUUGUAAAGCACAACUUUACAUAUGAACCAUGAACUGUUUUGCUAGUU